UAAGGGGAAAUAAAGAACACAGAUUUUAAAACGAUGCCAAAAGGAACAAGGCACAGCAUAUAAAUUACACCUAAAAUUUGAAACCUCCCUCUAUUUUCUUCGAAAGUUUUAACAUUUCUAAGUUAGUGGCCCGCCACAUUGUCUUUCAUAAGACCGUUAAAUCCACACGGUUUCUGCUGUCCUAUAUAAAUUAUAACAAACUCAAUGCCACAUUUGCAUACAGCUGAAUUACAUACAACAAGACUUGUUAGUUGUUACUUGUUAUCCAAUCGAUCAAAUCGAUAUGUCGCCGAUAAGUCGAGACGAUCUGCACAGGAUUUUCAAGAACCUGGACAGGAACAACAGCGGGCAAGUGAGCAUUGAGGAGCUGCACCAUCUUCUGAGCCGGAUUGGAAUCCAUGCGAGCCUCGAAGAGUUGGAGAAAUUGGUGGGGCGGACGAGCCUCGAUUAUCUUGAAUUCUUGUUCUUCUACGAGGCUGCAGUGAAGGCAAGAAUGGGCGAUGAUCACGACAGUAAGGAUCAAAAAGAGAAUGAUCUUGUCCAGGCCUUUAAGGUGUUCGACCUUAACAACGAUGGUUAUAUUUCGAGCGAGGAGCUGCAGAGCGUGCUGUCAAGAUUAGGACUUUGGGACAAGAGGAGUGGCCGGGAUUGUAAGGACAUGAUCGAUGUGUAUGAUGAGAACUCCGAUGGCAUGCUCGACUUUGAAGAGUUUAAGAACAUGAUGUCUGCUCCCAUGGCUUCUGAUUAUUCCUACUCAUGAAAUUGCACCAGUAUUUUAUUGAUCCCCUUGUUUCCAUUUUCAUAUAUAUAUAUAUAUAUUAAUGAAUCUUAUGAUGGAGGAAGAGACAGCUAGCUAGCUAAUUUUGUGUUCGAAUUGCUAUUUCUUCACUGUAAAUUAUUCACUUUGGAACAAUGGAGAAUUCAUCUUUGAUAAUAUU